GACCCCUAUCAUAUUGUGUCGAUGGAUACACUUUCAAGUGUCUGUAGUUUUGUUAAACAAUAGGAAAAAUAUAAAUGAUUAUUAGUUGUCGGAUUGUAAAUUAUAAAAUAACUUUUUACAUAAAAUCAUGUACUUUAUUAAUAAAAUGAAAUACGAUUGAUGAUAAUGUAACCUUGGUUUAAAGAGAGCAGACAUUGUGUUGGUGAAGCUGAGUCCCUGGAGUAUGAAGACUCUUAAUGUAGUGUUCAACUGGCGGUGUGACCACUAGAGUGAAACAAGUUUUACAGUCAUACCAUUGAGCUUUGCAUUUCAAGUAAGAUGCCACCUCGCCGUCAACCAAGGCAGCUGUUGUGGUCUUGCAUCAGCUCAACCAGUGAGAUGGUUAUAGCACAAACUCUCUCCUCUCCAGAACCUGUUCAGGAGAUGAGCACACGGAAGUUACUGCUCAAAUAUGUGCCACCGAUGCUGAUACAAGAUGUCCUUCACAGUGUCUUGUGGCGGCUAACCUUACAUCAUUCAGUACAUGCCUCACCUGCUGUCUUGUCAUGUCUUUUACGUAUUCUGCUUCAUCCUCAAAUGACAGAUCUCCAGCUAUCAGAUCUAGGUUAUGUUGGAUCUGUAGAAUUAGAAACUCUUGACAAGGUGGAGACAACACUGAUGCAACUGUUGCCUGCUAUGACAAAAUUGACAACGUUAAACCUGUCAACACAUAGAAACAAGAUCACGCUCCCAUCGUGCUCCACAGGCAUUCUGCAGGUCUUAGGGCGCUCAUGCCCUAACCUCAAGCUUCUCAAUCUGAACAAUAACAACCGUGUUAGUGGCGAAGGACUAUUACAUUUGUAUCCAACUGACCAUCAACCAGGUUGCAUCGAACUAGAGAAACUCUUUAUACAAGAUUGUAGUGUUGAACCAGAAGAUGUGGCAAUGCUUAUUCAUUUCUUUCCAAACUUACAACUUGUAGGUUACAAAGAACUUGGUACAUCUUUGCAGAUAUUGAAGUCCCAACCCAAAAAGUUUGGCCGAAAGAGACGACGGUGUCAGUACAAUCUGAAGCUUACUCAUGUUGAUAAUUCUAUGUCAAGAGUACAAAAAUGUGAUGGUGAAAUAGUGGACUUUAUAUGUGAAACAUGUCCUGAUAUAGAGAAUUUAAAAAUUCGUGUGUGUGAUGAAGAUGUGGGAGAACUUGGCAAGUUACAGAAACUAAAGCACCUGGAGCUCAGAUUUUACACUGGGGUGCAUCAGCCCAUCAGCAGCUGCACAGAAAAUCAUCUGAGGACCAAUGGGUGUCACUUAUCAUCCCUCACAAUAUACUGCAAUCGGUUGCAUUCUCACCAUGUACAGAUAAUAGCUGAAAAUUGCACCAGUUUGACUAAACUAUUUUUACAUGCAAAUGUGGCAGUUGUGGACAGAGUUCUCGAAUCAGGUUCUAGCAGACUUAGCAAGUUAGAGGUGUUAAGUUUACGACUGGGACAUGACGAACUGAUCAUGAGUCCCGCAGCAUGUGAGCUGGCACUGUUCCUACUGAGUGAAGCUCGCCUCAUUCAAGAGUUGUUCUUAUUAGUGCGCUCCCCUGGUGUUCAUCAUGACUUUAUGAACACCCUCCUAGUAGUUAAUCCUCUCUCCCAUUUAAAGAUUUUGAUAGCAGAUGUUCCUCGAAGAACUCUAGCAGCCCCAAUGCUGGACUUAACAAUAGAGACUGCAUACCUGCUCAUUAACAGCUGCCCAUAUUUACAACUUUUGGGAAAUCUUAUUUCCUGGAAUGUAACUCCUGAAGAGGUAGCUGAAUUACAGUCUGUGACAAGAACAUGCAACCACAAUCUUACAGUCAUCUACACCCAGUCAAAUAAAAUGAAAGGCAACUUAGCAGCUUAAACCUGUUCAUCAGAAUUGUUUACACAAAGCAUACAAGAUGUGGGUAGACAGUACUCCUUGUUGUAUAACGCAGUAUUAAAUCAUUGUACUGUACAGUCUGCGCGGAAUGUCAGAUCGUGUGCUGAAAAAAUAUUGAUGUUUACGAUUAUGUUAUAUAAAUAAAGUCAAGUAACAUUUACCACUUCAAUUAAUACUUUGUAGUGUUUCCUCUGCGCUUCAGACAGUCUUUUAGCCUUCGAGGAACACUGUCAGCAAGGUUUUGUAAGAGGUCAGGUGGCAAGUUAGCCCAGGUAUCCUUGAUGGCUGCCUCUAGCUUCGGGAUUGAUGAUGUGUCAGCGUCGCGCAGAUGACGCUUAACAAUGGACCACAAAUUUUCUAUUGGGUUAAGAUCUGGGCUACUGCCAGGCCAGUCAUUAAAGAAAGGUACCUCACAGUCUUGAGCCACUGUAUGACACUUUUAGCAGUGUGGCAUGGGGCAC